UUCGCAUGCUCUUUUUAAAGAAGCAAAUACAGAUUACAAAUGCGUAUGAUUAUCUCGGUUUUUACGCAUCGUGAUACCCAAGCUGUAAUGUCUGCGUCUCAUUGCACUGCUUCGCCUUGAUUUUCUCCUGCUCCUUCCUAUACGUAGAACCCCCCGGCCAUGUCAAACAACCACCAAGAUGAGCUUCACGCUGCCCAAGUACAGCAAGUCGUUGCAGCCGAUGCGGGCGUUUUCGAAAAAUCAGUGUUGGAACCAGCAGCGGAACAGAUUCAGCCCCCGGCUCAGACAAAAACUCAAGACGACAGCGCGCUUAUAGAUGGCGGCGCCCGGGCAUGGCUGCAAGUGGUGGCUUCGUUUCUGCUCUACUUUAAUCACCUAGGCUUGCUCAACAGCUUCGGUGCCUUCCAGUCAUACUACGAGACAGACCUCCUCAAGGACUCCUCGCCCUCGGCCAUCUCAUGGAUCGGCUCCAUCCAGAUAUUCUGCCUCAUGUCCGUCGGAGCCAUCAUCGGCCCCUUAUAUGACGCAGGCUACUGCCGCGCCCUGCUCGCCGCCGGCACGCUGCUCGUCACGCUGGGCUUCAUGUUCACCAGCAUCAGCACCACGUACUGGCAGAUCCUGCUCGCGCAGGGCAUCUGCCUCGGCCUGGGGACCUGCUGCCUCUCCAUCCCGUCCAUUGCCAUUGUGCCCAUGUACUUCAAGAAGAAGAGGGCCCGGGCCAUGGGCCUGGCCACCGUGGGCAGCGGGCUUGGGUCGACGCUGUAUCCCAUCAUGUUUCAGAAUCUGAGGCCGCAGGUGGGCUUUGGCUGGACUGUGCGGAUCAUGGGCUUUCUGGCGUUUGCCAUGUGUUCGUUUGCGUUGCUGCUCAUCCGGCCGCGGACCCUUGCGGAGAAGCCGGCGUGGCAGGCGAAUGGCUUCUCCAUCAGGUGGUUCUGGGACGCCUCGGCCCUGAAGGAGAAGACGUUUCUGCUCUACAGCAUCGCCAUCUUCUUUAACAACCUGUCGUUUUUCAAUCCGCCCUACUACUUGGAGAGCUACGCUGUAUCGCACGGGAUGCAGGGGUCCGCGGUGGCUGCCUAUCUGCUGCCCAUUCUCAACGCCUCGUCCCUCCCUGGCAGAAUCAUACCGGGCUUCAUUGCCGACAAGGUUGGUUCCUUGGACACGUACAUUGUCGUGUGCGCCCUAAGCAGCACGAGUGUCUUUUACUGGAUCAGCGUGACAAACGAGGCUGGUAAUCUUGCGUUUGCUGUCUUGUAUGGCUUUUGGUCCGGCAGCGUGGUGUCACUUGGAUCAGUUGUUUUGGCAUCCAUCACUCCGGAUAUGAGUCGCUUGGGAACGAGACUGGGCAUGGUGGCUAUCCUCAAGGGGAUUGGAUCCCUCAUUGGCCCGCCAAUCUCGGGUGCAAUACUUAGGAGUACUGGAAAGUAUAUUGGCAUUCAGCUGUUUUCGGCGUGUGGCAUUAUGCUUACCUCGCUUCUGUCCAUGGUUCUGCGUCUGGUCAUUGCGAGAGCGCUGUUUAAGGUUGUGAGGGAUGAUGAUGAAGCAUAUGUGAAUGCAAAUCAGCAGAAGACAAAGGCAGCUGCUUUGUCCCGGCCUGUUGAAGAUGAGCGUGCAACUUAGAUGGCUG